AUGCGACUUCGCGGUGUGUUUCGUGCAGCCAAGCUGCCCAACGGACAACGCGCCAUUGGCACAAAAUGGGUGUUCAAGAUCAAGCGCAAGGCGGAUGGGUCAAUCGAGAAGUACAAGGCACGACUUGUGGCCAAGGGUUUCCGCCAAAAGUAUGGCAUCGACUACACGGAGACGUUUUCGCCUGUGGUCAAGUAUGUGACGCUGCGAAUGGUGAUCGCAAUUUCCAGGCACUUUGGAUGGCCCAUCGACCAGCUUGAUGUGGUGACAGCUUUCCUGUAUGGCGUCAUGAAGGAACAAGUGUUCUGCGUGAUUCCUGAAGGCGUCGAACUUGACAUAUCGGACUUCGACCCAUGUCUCUACAUCAAGACUUCGGACGGCCAUUGCGUGUUUAUACUGGUCUUCGUGGACGACGUCUUGGUGACUGGAAGCUCGCUCGAGCUGAUUGCACAAACCAAGAACGACCUGAAGACGCGGUUCGAGAUGACGGACAGCGGCAAGUGUGCGUUUGUUCUUGGGAUCGAGCUUUUGGACGGUGAAGAUGGCAGUGUGACACUAUGUCAGCGUCGGUAUGUCGAUGAUAUCCUCAAGCGCUUUGGCAUGGAUGAUUGCAAGGCAGUCGCAAGUCCAGUCGACAUGAGCUCUCGACUUGUUUCAAGUGAUGCAACUACCAAGGUCGAUGCUCCUUUUCGCGAAGCUGUUGGUGCAUUGAUGCACCUGACCACUGCAACGCGUCCGGACAUUGCGUUUGGUGUGGGCUAUGUGUCGCGGUUCAUGGAAAAUCCCCAAGAAGAACACUGGGUUGCAGUUAAGCGUAUCUUUCGCUACCUACAAGGAACCAAGUCGCAUGGCAUUUGCUAUCAGCCAAGUGCAAGGAUCGACUUCCGUAGAUAUUCGGAUGCGGAUUGGGCUGGUGAUCUUACCGACCGCAAGUCAACAUCGGGGUACACGUUCAUGCUACUCGGUGCGCCAGUGAGUUGGGGCAGCAAGAAGCAGCCAAGUGUUUCGUUGUCCACGACUGAAGCUGAAUACAUUGCACUUAGCUUGGCGAUUCAAGAGGGCAAGUGGAUUCAUCGUCUGCUUUGUGAGAUCGUGAUGGCUGCCAAUGAAGAAGGACCGGAACUCAUGAUUCAUGAAGACAAUCAGUCAUGUAUCAAGAUGACGAAGAACCCGGUCAACCACGGCCGUGCCAAGCACAUUGAUAUCAAGUACCAUCACAUCCGUGAUGAGGUCAAGCGCGGUGAAGUGAAGCUCAAGUACUGUGAAACUGCGGUGAUGUUAGCGGACAUCAUGACGAAGGGACUUCAUGGACCACGCCACAAGGAGAUGACGACGGCUCUCGGGAUUCGUGAGCAUUCGGAUUGA